AUGCCUACCGCGGGACAGUUAGACACAUCAGCCAUUUUUAAUGCAGACGCUGCUGCACGUACAACUGCCCAAGAGGCAGUCGUCAAGUCAAUCAAGGACGGCGGUCCAGCUGCAGUCGCCACUUUGUCUCUCCCAGAAACCAUCCUCGGUGGUUUAGCUGAGAAGAAGAACGAGGGUGCGAGACAAGGUGCCGCUGAAUUGAUCUCCGCCAUCGUCGCUGGUGGCCAAUUCUUGCCAGUCGAGCCAUACAUUCUUUUGUCCACCCAACACGACGUCUUCGGCUCACUCUUGCAAGCAUUCGCUGACAAGUCACAAGGCCCAAGAGACGCCGCUGUCAAGGCUGUCGAGGAUAUCGUCACCGUCAUGAACAACUGGGCAACUGCUUUCAUUUUGCCACCACUCCUCGAGCAAAUCAGAACCGCAGGUAAAUGGCAGAUCAAGACAGGUGGCUUGUCUGUUCUCAACAAGCUCGUCACCUCCGUCCCAGACCAAAUGGCUCGUCUUAUGCCUGACUGUAUGCCAGUCCUCGCUGAAGUCAUCUGGGACACCAAGUCAGAUGUCAAGAAGGCCGCACGUUCUUCCUUGAAGAAGAUCUGUUCUUUGCGCCAGGUCGUUAACAAGGAUAUCGAAAAGUUCAUUCCAGCUCUCCAGGAAUGUCUUAUCAACCCAACCGAAAAGGUCCCAACAACUAUCCAGGUUUUGGCCGCCACCACCUUCGUUUCAGAAGUCGACUCACCAACCCUUGCCCUUAUGGAACCUCUUCUCUCACGUGGUCUCGCUGAACGUCAAACCGCUCUCCGUCGUAAGACCGCUGUUAUCAUCGACAACAUGUCCACCCUUGUCGACAGCGAGCGUAUUGUCCGUCCAUUCCUUCCAAAGCUUCUCCCAGGUCUUAUCAAGAUCGAAGAAACCGUCGCUGACCCAGAAGCUCGUUCAGUUGUUAACCGCGCUAUCAAGAAGCUCCGUUCAGUUGGUAACCUCCCAGAUUCAUCAGAUGGUACCGACCUCCCAGAAAUCAAGACCGUCGACCUCAACAAGGUCGUUGAUGUCUUGGUUGCUGCCCUCAAGAACACUGGUGACUCAUUGGCUAAGGCUGACGAUGUCUUCAUUGCUUACAUCGCUCGUGUCGCUCAAGAACUCUCAAACGCUCGUUGCGGUGAAGAAACCGAGUGGUCAUCAGCCCUCGUUAACCUCAUCUCACUUCAAUUGAACUCAACCGACCCAUCAUCAGUUAACGCUCCAGCUAAGGCUGUCGUUAAGGAGCUCCUUGAAAAGACCUCCGCUGAUGACGCUGAAGUUGAACACGUCUUCCCAGAUGAAGAAGAGGGUGAAGAUCUCUGUAACUGUACCUUCUCAUUGGCUUACGGUGCUAAGAUUCUUCUUAACACUGCUACCCUCCGUCUUAAGAGAGGUCACAGAUACGGUUUGCUCGGUAGAAACGGUACUGGUAAAUCUACCCUCAUGAGAGCCAUCGUCAACGGUCAAGUUGAAGGUUUCCCAUCACCAGACGAAGUCCGUACUUUCUACGUCGAACACGACAUUGACGGUUCAGAAGAAGACACCACCGUCUUCCAAUUCGUCCAAUCUGACAAGCGUAUCCAAGCUAACGAUGAUGAAAUCAGACAAGGUUUGGCUACCGUCGGUUUCUCUGACGAACGUCAAGAUGAAUCUAUUGGUUCCCUCUCUGGUGGUUGGAAGAUGAAGCUCGCUCUUGCCAGAGCCAUCCUUUUCAAGGCUGAUAUCUUGUUGCUCGAUGAACCAACUAACCACUUGGAUGUCUUGAACGUUCAAUGGAUCAUUGACUACCUUACCUCACUUACUCACUGUACCUCCAUCAUCGUCUCCCACGAUGCUGAAUUCUUGAACAAGACCAUCACCGAUGUCAUCUACCUUAACAGAUUCAAGAUCAAGCGUUACCCAGGUAACUUGGAGAACUUCGCUAAGCUCGUCCCAGAAGCUCGCGCUUUCUUCGAAAUCGCCGCAUCUGAAGAAUACUCAUUCAACCUUCCAGAACCACCAAUGCUUGAAGGUGUCAAGACAAAGGAAAAGUCCCUCUUGAAGAUGCGUAAGGUUAACUUCCAAUAUCCAACCGCUAAGAAGCAACAAUUGUUCGAUAUUACCUUGCAAGUUUCCCUUUCCUCACGUGUUGCCGUCCUUGGUCCAAACGGUGCUGGUAAAUCCACCCUCGUUAAGCUCCUUAUUGGUGACAUUGAACCAAACAUCAGUGGUGAGGUCUGGAAGCACCCUAACUUGGUCAUUGGUUACGUCGCCCAACACGCUUUCCACCACAUUGAUAACCACCUUGACAAGACUCCAUUAGAGUACAUGUUGUGGAGAUAUCAAACUGGUGAGGAUCUUGAGGAAAUGAUGAAGGAAACCCGUCAAAUUACCGAAGAGGAAGCUGAGAAGAUGAAGAACGGUUCCGUUGUUAUCAUCGAAGGCCAAAAACGUUACAUCGAAGAAAUUGUUGGUCGUAAGAAGCUCAAGCAAUCAUACGAAUACGAGUGUGGUUUCAAGGGUAUGUCAUCUGCUGACAACAUGUGGUUCUCUCGUGAUGAGCUUGUCAAGAGAGGUUUCGAGAAGAAGGUCAUGGAAGUUGACACCCGUGAAGCCCAAAGAUUGGGUAUGAUGAGACCACUCGUCCGUAAGGAAAUUGAGAAGCACUUCGAAGACUUCGGUCUCGAAUCUGAGUUCACCACCCACAACACCAUGAGAGGUCUUUCUGGUGGUCAAAAGGUCAAGGUUGUCCUUGGUGCAGCUACCUGGAGAAAGCCACACGUUAUCUGUCUUGACGAACCAACCAACUAUCUUGACAGAGAAUCUCUCGCUGCCCUUAUUGAAGCCCUCAAGGUCUUCGGUGGUGGUGUCUUGAUCAUUACCCACAACAGAGAAUUCUCUGAAUCCAUCUGUUCCGAAGUCUGGGCCAUGAGAGAUGGUUACUUGGAAGCUUCAGGUCACAACUGGGUUGAAUCCAACUCUAAGGGUACUAAGAUCGAGAGAAAGGAAGAUGAGGAGGACAAGUUUGACGCUCUCGGAAACAAGAUCGUCAGCGAAAAGAAGCAAGCUCGUCUUAACGCCAGUGAACUCCGUAAGAAGAAGAAGGAACGUAUGGCACUCAAGAAGAAGGGUAUUGACGUUGACGACCUUGAAGACGACAUCUAG